UGUGUACCACAUUGAGCUUCAUGUGUCAAUCAACCAUGUCUCUGAGAAAUUUCUCAAGUCCAACAUCUUCUUCCUUCUUCGUAACACCAAGGAAACCAUUUAUGAACCUGUAGACAUUAAUGAGGCCAACGUGACCAUGCCAAAAUUGCUUGAGUUCGGGAUGCUGAAUGGACAUUCCCUGUCAAUGCUGAAGGAUGUUGUCAGUCACGUGUACAUGCCGCUACUGUCAUUUAACCAAAUGAAGCUUUCCAAUGGCGGCUACCAGCAGAGGAAGUCUUUGGGCAAGGAUGCCCUAGAGCAGAGUAUGGAAGAAAACCAGCCUGCCGAGACACGCGGAUCCAUCAUGAUCAGGGAUGAGCUGCUCAAUAGCACACAGAAAUUCCUUGGCCACAUCGACAGGACCCUGCAACAGCUGGAAGGUGAGAUCAAGUUGCAUAUUCCUGAGUUUGGCCUGGAGGCAUCGGUGGAGAUACUCCUAGCCAACCGUGAGAUCGUAGAAAAACUUGAGCAGUGUGUGAUGAACUGGCAAACCCAAAUCACCAUUGUCAUCGAGGAACAGCAAAGGAAGAAACCACAGGCACCAGGACCAAUGGCAGAGAUAGACUUCUGGCGGGAACGGGCGGCCAUCUUGAGUGCCCUGAGCGAGCAGCUGAAAUUGACAGCAGUCAAGAAGAUUCUUGACGUGAUGUCACGGGCGGACCCUGUGACAGUACAAAACCUGGAACUCACUCUGACGGAACUCAGCAAGUACCACGUGGAAUCUAUUGAGAACGUAAGGUUCCUUAGCACACUGGAGAGGCACUUCAAGAAUUUAGCUACGGGAGUGGAUUUCAGCGUGAUCUUAGACACCAUCCCUCCGAUGAUGAAUGGGCUGCGUAUGGUGUGGAUCAUCUCCAGUCAUUACAACACAGACGAGCGCAUGGUCCCCCUCAUGGAGAGGAUCGCCUGGGAACUGUCUGAGCGAGUGGCGCGCGUGGUGAAUGUGCGCAUCAUUUUCAAAGACAAGAGGGAAGUAGCCAAGGCCAAAACCCUGGAUGGCAAGCAGGUGCUGGACCAGUGGAAGGCCUGCUAUUUUGACGUGCGAUCAAGGAUCGAGGUUUCAGGUCGAGACCCGCGCUGGGAGUUUGACCGCAAAAAACUUUUUGAGAAAACUGACUACAUGGCCUCUAUAUGCCAAGACCUUUACAAUAUCCUCCAGAUUCUGGAAGAGUUCCAUAACAUCUUUGGGCCAGAACUCAAAGCAGUGACUGGUGACCCAAAGCGGAUUGAUGACGUGCUAGGCUGGGUCAAUAGUUUGGUCGUGCCCAUUCAAGAGCUUAACUUUGAUCCCUUUAAUAUCCGCAAGAUGGGCAGCUGGAAAAUGGUCAUGCAAGACUUCAAGACCAAAGUUCAGGCUAUCGAGGGAGAGGCCAUCAACUUCAUCGAUCAGUCCUUCAAAACUCUGAGAUCGGCAGCAGCAGCUUUUGACAUGCUGCUGAAAUUCAAGCACAUUCGCUCCAGAGAAGCCAUCAACAAUCAAAUGAUGCAGAAAUUUAAUGAUAUUCUGACACAGUACUGCAAAGAGGUGGACAUCAUCAAUGAUAUCUUCCUGAAACACAAGGACAGCCCCCCUCUCAACAAGAACCAGCCGCCUGUGGCAGGGGCCAUCUACUGGGAGCGCUCUCUCUUCUACAGGAUCAAGAACACCAUCAUUCGCUUCCUGGAGGUGGAGGAGAUGCUGGAGAGUGAACAAGGCAAAAUGGUGAAAGCCAAAUACCUGGAGGUGGGGAUGCGUAUGAGGGACUACGAAGUGAAGAAAUAUGAGUCCUGGCGCGAGGAAACUGAACUCACCCUGCCGUUACUAAUGAAGCGCACCUUGUUGACUGUGGUCAGCAGUGGAAACGCAACUGCUGUAGACUCUGACUGUGUGUCCCCCAGCGAUGACAACAUGGAGAGGGGGAUUCGUUACAUGGUGAACUUUGCUCCUGAAUUAAAAGAAAUAAUUUCUGAGACAAAGUAUAUGGAGCAGCUGGGCUACGCCAUUCCGGAGUUAGCCCGCAAUGUCUCUCUUCAGGAGGACAAGUUCCUCAGAUAUGAGGAUGGAUUGAAGAGCCUUGUGAAUCGAUACCACUCACUGAUGGAUUCUCUGAAUGAUGCAGAGUUUUAUCUUCUACUGGAGCAGAUCCAUGAGCUUCGGCGGGUGAUGCGUGCUGGAUUCAAAAGGCUCAACUGGAAUGCUCUGGGUAUUUCUGAAUUCAUCAAUCGUGGCACCCAAGCAACCUCGAAAUUUGAGUCACUUGUAAACCAGAUUCAGAAAAAUGAAAGAGACAUUGACAGCAAACUCAACUACAUUGAGUCUGCAAACCUCUUCAAGUUUCCUGCCAUGGACAAAACUGGAGACCUGCCAGGGGUGAAGGAGUUCUUUGAGAAGAUGGAAAGGGAGCGGGCCAAGGACGUGAACCAGUUGAGCAGGCGAUACACAGCCAUCGGUCCCUUGCUCACCAAGAUGGAGUCUCUCAUCAUGCAAACCAACAGUGGCAAAGCCAAACGCAUGGCACAAUACUACGCUUACUGGGAGCGCAAGGUCUUCAACAGCCUCGUCAAGAUGGUGCUCUGGAAUAUCCAGAUGUUCAACUCAGCUCUACUUGGUAACGUGCCUCUAUUCCAAAUUGAAACAAUCCUCUCUGCCCCUGAGAUUAUGUUACAUCCAAAGAGCAAUGAGGUCUACAAACUGAUUAUGCAGUGUGUUCGAGACUGUGUGGAAAGCACAAAGAUGUUCACCCGUUGGAUGCACAAGACAUGCAUUGAAUGUCCACCCCAGCGGGUUGAGGGGGAAGAUGAGCUGGUGGUCUUCAGUUUCUACUCAGACAUUUGUCAGCACCCCCAGGUGACUGAGCAGGCGAUAGCAGUCUCGCAGAGUGCCCAGAGACUCCUCAACUCUGUGGGACGCUACCUCAACCGCUGGAAGCGCUACCGUCCACUCUGGAAGCUAGACAAAGCCAUCGUCAUGGAGAAGUUUGCCGCCAAACGUCCCUCCUGCGUCAUGUACGAUGACAAACUGCAGUUCUACACUCGCAUCAGCAUGGAGGUGGCACAACAGGCCUGCUGGAAAGACGAACACAUCGUGCGGCUUAACUUGAAGCCGCUGGCACAAGCGGUCCAAGAGAAUGCCCAGGCCUGGGUGACUUCGCUUGGGAGGCUGCUCAAUGAAUCUGUCAGGGAGGAUCUGCUAAGCUUGCAGAGCAGUCUAGCGCAAUUAUCUGAAAACUUGAAGAGGAGUCCGGAAACCUUGGAGGAUCUAAAAUUUGUCUUGGGCACAAUCUCAGAUAUCAGAGAUAUGUCUCUGGCGGUGGAAAUGAGAUUUACUGAUAUCCAGGAGCGAUACAGGACAUUGACCAUGUAUGAUGUAGAGGUUUCAGAAGAGGAGUUGGAACAGGCAGCCAGCAUUGGCAAGCUAUGGGAUGAGCUGUUUGUAGAAUCCAGAAGAGUUGAUCACAGUUUGGGAAAAGUGAAGAAAACAUUUACUGAAAUCACAAAGGGACAGAUAGAUGAGUACCAGCAGGAGCUGGACAUUUUUGCAGAAAGUUUUCACAUGCACGGCCCAGGAGCAGUGGGAGAUGACUUGGAGAAAGGGCUAGCGGUCAUGGAAACGUAUGAUGCUGAACUAGCCAAGAUUGAAGGCGGGCGACAAGAGCUGGCCAACGCUGAGAAGCUUUUUGAUCUCCCCAUCACCAUGUACCCAGAGCUCGUCAACGUGCAGAAAGAGAUGCGUGGACUUCGUCAGAUAUAUGAAAUUUACAAAGCUCAGAAAGCAGCAAAGGCAGAGUGGUCCCAGACCUUGUGGGUGAACCUGAAUAUCCAGCUGUUGCAGGAGGGCAUUGAAGGCUACAUAAAAAGCCUUCGAAAGCUUCCAAAGGAUGUACGAUCUCUGCCCGUUGCCUUUUUUCUAGAGGGACGCAUGAAGGAGCUGAAAGAAUCGCUGCCUCUUUUGCUGGACUUGAAGAAUGAGGCCCUGAGAGAGAGGCACUGGAAAGAGCUAAUGGAUCGUACAGGCACAACAUUUGAGAUGAAUCCUGACACCUUCACUCUGGAGAAUAUGUUUGCCAUGGAACUGCACAAGCAUGGCAAUGUAAUUGGAGAAAUUGUCACCUCAGCCGUCAAAGAACUCAGCAUUGAGAAGGGGGUAAAAGAGGUGGUGGAGACAUGGGAGAACAUGAAGUUCAAUGUGCAGCGCUACUUCAAGGGGACACAAGAGCGCGGCUUCAUCCUAGGUGCUGUCGAUGAAAUACUGCAGAACCUGGAUGACUAUGCCAUGAACCUGCAGAGCAUGGCUGGCAGCCGUUUUGUGGGACCCUUCCUGGCCACCGUACAAACAUGGGAGAAGAGCCUCUCCAUGAUCAGUGAGGUCAUAGAGGUUUGGAUGUUGGUGCAACGUAAAUGGAUGUACCUAGAGAGCAUCUUUAUCGGUGGAGACAUUCGAUCCCAACUUCCAGAAGAAGCCAAAAAAUUUGACAAUAUUGACAGAACAUUCAAAAAGAUUAUGGCAGAUUCAGUGAAGGACCCGGGUAUUAAGAGAUGCUGCCUAGUGCCAAAUCGCCUGGUUGACCUGCAAGCUUUGAGUGACGGCUUGGAACGAUGUCAGAAGAGCCUCAACGACUACCUGGAUUCCAAACGCAAUGCCUUUCCCAGAUUCUUUUUCAUCUCUGAUGACGAGCUGCUCAGUAUUCUAGGUAGCAGUGAGCCAACCUGCGUACAGGAGCACAUAAUCAAGAUGUACGACAACAUUGCGUCGCUACAAUUCGACCUGGGUGGGAAUGGAGAAACGAUGGCGAAGGCGCUGGUGUCGGCAGAAGGGGAGAUGAUGACCUUGAGGCAGCCGGUGGCUGCUGAAGGUCGUGUGGAGGAAUGGAUGACCAAAGUGCUGCUGGAGAUGAGGAGGACCAACAAGCUCAUCACCAAGGAGGCCAUCUUCUACUACAGCCACCAGAAGAGCAGGGUGGACUGGAUGCUGGACUACCAAGGCAUGGUGGUGCUGGCUGCCAACCAGGUGUGGUGGACGUGGGAGGUGGAGGACGUCUUCAUCAAGGUGAAGAAGGGCGAGAAGCAGGCGCUGAAGAACUACGCCAAGCAGAUGCACCAGCAGAUCGAUGAGCUGGUCAAACGCAUAUCGCUACCCAUGAAGAAGAACGACAGGCGGAAAAUCAACACAGUCCUCAUUAUCGAUGUUCAUGCGAGGGACAUUGUUGACAGUUUUGUUCGUGACAGCAUAAUGGACGCCCGUGAGUUUGAGUGGGAGAGUCAGCUGAGGUUCUACUGGGACAAGGAACCGGAUGACUUGUUUGUGCGCCAGUGCAGUGCCCAGUUCUCAUACGGUUAUGAAUACAUGGGCCUGAACGGACGCCUGGUCAUCACACCCCUCACUGACCGCAUCUAUCUCACACUUACACAGGCCUUGUCAAUGUAUCUUGGUGGAGCCCCAGCUGGACCAGCAGGAACGGGAAAAACAGAGUCCACCAAAGAUCUAGCCAAAGCUCUGGGACUACUGUGUGUCGUCACAAACUGUGGUGAAGGAAUGGACUAUAUGGCAGUGGGAAAGAUCCUGUCGGGCCUGGCUCAGUGCGGCGCCUGGGGCUGCUUUGAUGAGUUCAACAGGAUUGAUGCCUCGGUGCUCUCCGUCAUCUCCUCUCAGAUCCAGACCAUCCGCAACGCUCUCAUACUGCACCUGAAGCGCUUCCAUUUUGAGGGCCAGGAGAUCAGUCUUGAUGACCGCAUGGGUAUUUUCAUCACCAUGAACCCGGGCUACGCAGGCCGCACAGAGCUGCCCGAGUCAGUGAAGGCUUUGUUCCGGCCAGUGGUGGUCAUCGUCCCCGACCUGCAGCAGAUCUGUGAGAUCAUGUUGUUCUCCGAGGGCUUCCUCAUGGCUAAAACUCUGGCCAAGAAGAUGACCGUGUUGUAUAAACUGGCACGUGAGCAGCUGUCCAAGCAGUCUCACUAUGACUUUGGGCUGCGAGCUCUGAAGUCUGUGCUGGUGAUGGCAGGAGAGCUAAAGAGAGGCUCAGCGGAUCUCUGUGAGGAUGUGGUGUUAAUGCGUGCUCUGAGGGACAUGAAUCUGCCCAAGUUUGUGUUUGAGGAUGUUCCCCUGUUCCUGGGCCUGAUAUCUGACCUCUUCCCGGGGUUGGACUGCCCCAGAGUCCGCUACCCCAGCUUCAACGAUGCAGUGGAGCAGGUUUUGCAGGAGAAUCUGUAUAUCAUGCUGCCCAAUCAGGUGGAUAAAGUGGUACAGCUGUAUGAAACUAUGAUGACCAGACACACUACAAUGGUAGUUGGACCCACAGGCGGGGGAAAGUCUGUUGUUAUCAACACCCUGUGCCAAUCGCAGACAAGGCUGGGCCUGAUGACCAGGUUGUAUUCUCUGAACCCCAAAGCGAUGAGUGUUAUUGAACUCUACGGCAUUCUUGAUCCUGCCACCCGUGAUUGGACCGAUGGAAUACUUUCAAACAUCUUCCGUGACAUCAACAAACCCACAGACAAAAAAGAGAAAAGGUACAUACUGUUUGAUGGGGAUGUUGAUGCUCUGUGGGUGGAGAACAUGAACUCUGUGAUGGACGAUAACAGACUGCUGACCUUAGCCAAUGGGGAGAGAAUCCGUUUGCAGAACCACUGUGCUCUGCUCUUUGAGGUGGGAGACUUGCAGUAUGCAUCUCCAGCCACAGUCUCCCGAUGUGGAAUGGUCUUCGUCGACCCCAAAAACCUGCGUUUCGUUCCAUACUGGCAGAAGUGGGUGAGCACCAGGCCGGUGAAGGAAUGCGAAGACCUUUCUCAGUUGUUUGAUAAGUAUGUUCCAUCUACGAUUGACAUGAUUGUUGAAGGUAUAGUGGAUGGCAAGCAAGGAAAAAAGCUGAAAACCAUCGUCCCACAAACAGAUCUAAAUAUGGUCACCCAGUUGAGCUUGAUGCUGGACGCUCUGUUGGAGUCUCCUGGGAUGGAUGUAGAGGAGCUCGAGUGUGUUUUUCUGGAGGCCUUGUACUGCUCUCUGGGAGCCUCCCUCCUUGACAACGGCAGGAUCAAAUUUGAUGAGUACAUUAAGAAGCUGUCAAUGAUGACCAUCAUCAAUGACCCAGAGACACUUGCCGGACCUGGAGAGAUACCCGGGUAUUUGCCGACACUGUAUGAAUUCCACUUUGAUAAAAAACAACAGAAGUGGUUGCCCUGGACCUCUCUUGUCUCAAGCUAUCUGCACUGUUCAGAUAUGAAGUUUAUCGACAUUCUUGUUCCGACGGUGGAUACAACUCGUGCCAACUGGCUUUUGGAGCAAAUGGUGAAGAUCAAAAGGCCAGUAGUGUUGGUGGGAGAGUCUGGAACUUCGAAAACAGCCACCACACAGAACUUCCUCAACCACCUUAACACUGACACCACCAUGAUGCUGACAAUAAAUUUCUCAUCAAGGACGACUUCUAUGGACGUCCAAAGGAGUCUUGAAGCCAGCGUAGAGAAGAGGACUAAAGACACAUACGGCCCCCCAAUGGGCAAACGCCUGCUGGUCUUCAUGGAUGACAUGAACAUGCCACGGGUGGAUGACUAUGGCACCCAGCAGCCCAUUGCUCUUUUGAAGUUGCUACUGGAUCGUGGGGGCAUGUACGACCGUGGGAAGGAGUUGAACUACAAGAUCCUGAAAGACCUGGGAUUCAUUGCAGCCAUGGGCAAGGCUGGUGGCGGACGCAACGAAGUAGACCAGCGCUUCAUUUCCCUCUUCACUGUGUUCAACAUGCCCUUCCCUGCAGAGGAGGCCUUGCACGUCAUCUAUUCCUCAAUAAUCAAAGGCCACACCAAGACAUUUGACGACUGCGUCCACAAUAUCUGUGACAAGUUGACAUUUUGCACCUUGGAACUGUACAAAAUGAUCAUCAAAGACCUGCCACCAACACCCUCCAAGUUCCAUUAUAUCUUCAAUCUGAGAGACCUCUCCAGAGUCUACAGUGGGUUAACCUUAACCAAUGGAGAGAGAUUUGUUACAGUGACCCAGUUUGUCCGUGUUUGGAGAAACGAAUGUCUCAGAGUGUUCCAUGACCGGCUGAUUGAUGAAGCAGAUAAAUCGCUUGUGCAGAAACAUGUGAAGACACUGCUGGAAGAGCACUUCCCAGCAGACCUGGAGAAUGCUAUCAGGGAUCCCAUUCUGUUUGGUGACUACAGGUCUGCUUUGAACGAAGCCGAACCUCGAGUCUAUGAGGACAUUCAGGAUUAUGAUGCCUCCAAAGCAUUAUUUCAGGAAAUUCUUGAAGAAUAUAAUGAAAACAAAACUCAUAUGAACUUAGUUUUGUUUGAUGACGCACUGGAGCACCUUACCCGAAUUCAUCGCAUCAUCCGUAUGGACCGGGGACAUGCCCUCUUGGUCGGGGUGGGAGGAUCAGGCAAACAGUCACUCACCAAACUGGCAGCCUUUACUGCAGGAUGUGAGGUCUUUGAGAUCGUGUUGAGCAGAGGCUACUGUGAGGCCUUGUUCCGUGAGGAUUUAAAAGCUCUGUAUCUGAAGCUGGGCAUCGAGAACAAGAAGACUGUGUUCCUGUUUACGGAUGCCCACGUGGCCGAAGAGGGAUUCCUGGAGCUCAUCAACAACAUGCUGACCUCAGGGAUGGUUCCAGCACUCUUCUUGGAUGAUGAGAAGGAGUCAGUGCUGGGGCAGAUCCGUGACGAAGCCAUGAAAAUGGGAGCUGGCCCUUCCAAGGAAAGUGUGUGGCAGUAUUUCGUGAACAAGAGCGCCAGCAAUCUUCAUGUUGUGUUGGGGAUGUCUCCAGUUGGGGAUACCCUUAGAACAAGAUGCAGGAAUUUCCCAGGCCUUGUGAAUAACACCGGCAUUGACUGGUUCCUGCCAUGGCCUCCUCAAGCACUACACGCUGUGGCACAGACCUUUUUGGGUGCGAACCCCAUGGUUCCGGAAGGACUUGCUACAUCAGUCAUAGACCAUGUGUGCAUGGUCCAUGCCUCUGUGGGAAACUACAGCAAGAUGUUUCUUCAGAAACUCCGCCGCAGCAACUAUGUCACUCCAAAGAACUACCUGGACUUCAUCAGCACCUACUCCAAUUUACUAGAUGACAAGGACAAAUACAUUCUCGCUCAGUGUAAACGCCUGGAGGGAGGAUUAGAUAAGCUGGAAGAGGCGAGUAAACAACUAGCGGAGCUCAACACCAAGUUAGCGGAGCAGAAGGUCGUUUUGGCCGAGAAAUCCAAAGCCUGUGAGAUCCUGCUGAAGGAGAUUUCCACCAACACUGCAGUAGCGGAGGAGAAGAAAAAAUUGGCUGAGGAUAAAGCCAAAGAGAUCGAGGAGCAGAACAAGGUGAUUGCGGUGGAGAAGAAGGAUGCGGAGAGCUCCCUCGCUGAAGCGCUGCCGGCCCUCGAGGCGGCCCGCAUCGCCCUGCAGGACCUCGACAAGUCUGACGUCACUGAGAUCAGGUCGUUUGCUAAGCCACCUAAACAGGUGCAGGUGGUGUGCGAGUGCAUCCUUGUAAUGCGCGGCUACAAGGAAAUCAACUGGAAGACAGCCAAGGGGAUGAUGUCAGAGGCCAACUUCCUGCGGUCAUUGAUGGAGAUGGACUGUGAUGCAAUCGGCGCCAACCAAGUCAAGACUGUUCGAGGCUUUCUGAAAAAUCUGAACACCUGCCUUGAGGAGAUGCUGGGUAUCAGCAGAGCCGGAGCAGGAAUGCUGAAGUUUGUGGAGGCUGUCAUGGGAUACUGCGAUGUUGCCAGAGAGAUCAAACCAAAAAGAGAGAAGGUAGCACGACUGGAGAGAAACUUCUUCCAGAGCAAGCGUGAGCUGGAGAGGAUCCAGAACGAGCUGGCAGCCAUCCAGAAGGAGCUGGGCGCUCUGGGGGAGAAGUACGAGGCGGCCAUGGGGGAGAAGCAGCUGCUGCAGGAGGAGGCCGAGCUCAUGGAGAGGAGACUGAUCGCCGCCGACAAGCUCAUCUCUGGCCUCGGCUCCGAAAACGAACGCUGGACAGAUGACCUGGAAGAACUGAAGAAGCGGCGAGUGCGUCUUUUAGGCGACUGCCUGAUCUGUGCGGCCUUCUUGAGCUACGAAGGGGCCUUCAACUGGGACUUCCGGAACGAGAUGGUGUACGACGUGUGGCAGAAGGACGUGCUGGAGAGGCAGAUCCCGCUGAGUCAGCCUUUCCGGCUGGAGAGUCUGCUCACCGACGAGGUGGAGAUCAGCAGAUGGGGCUCAGAAGGCCUCCCUCCUGAUGAGCUGUCUGUACAGAACGGCAUCUUAACAACGAGAGCGAGCCGCUUCCCAAUGUGCAUUGACCCUCAGCAGCAGGCCCUCAACUGGAUCAAGAAGAAAGAGGAGAAGAGCAAUCUCAAGAUCUCCUCAUUCAAUGACCCAGACUUCCUGAAACAGCUUGAGAUGGCCAUCAAGUAUGGCUUCCCGUUCCUCUUCCAAGAUGUGGACGAGUACAUUGACCCUGUCAUCGACAACGUCCUGGAGAAGAACGUCAAAGGGGCGGAAGGGCGCCAGGUGAUCGUGCUGGGUGACAAGGAGGUGGACUACGAUCCCAACUUCAAGCUCUACCUCAACACCAAACUUGGCAACCCAAAGUAUUCCCCUGCUGUGUUUGGCAAGGCCAUGGUCAUCAAUUAUACAGUGACCCUCAAGGGCUUGGAGGACCAGCUGCUCAGUGUGAUCGUGGGCUUCGAGCGCAAGGAGCUGGAGGAGCAGCGUGAGCGCCUCAUCCUGGAGACCAGCGAGAACAAGCGUCUCCUGAAGGACCUGGAGGACUCCCUGCUCAGGGAGCUGGCCACCUCCACCGGGAACAUGCUCGACAACGUGGACCUCGUCCACACGCUGGAGGAGACCAAGUCUAAGGCCAGCGAGGUGUUUGAGAAGCUGAAGUUGGCCGAGAAGACGUCUGUGGAUAUUGACAAGCUCCGUGACGGCUACCGCCCAGCAGCCAAGCGCGGAGCCAUUCUGUUCUUCGUCUUGGCUGAGAUGGCGUUGGUGAACAGCAUGUACCAGUACUCGCUCGCCUCAUACCUGGAGGUGUUUGAUUUUUCGCUACGCAAGUCUUUACCCGACUCUGUGUUGCCCAAGAGGCUUAAGAACAUCAUGGACACUCUCACCUACAACGUCUACAACUACGGAUGCACAGGUUUGUUUGAGAGGCACAAGCUCCUCUUCUCCUUCAACCUGACCAUUAAAAUCGAGCAAGCAGAGGACAGAGCUCCGCAAGAGGAGUUGGAGUUCUUCCUGAAGGGUAAUCUAUCGCUGGAGAAAAGCAAACGACAGAAACCAUGCACUUGGUUGUCUGAUCAGGGCUGGGAAGACCUGGUGAGACUGGCAGAGCUCUUUCCCACAACAUUCAGCAGUCUGUUGGAUGACAUCGAGAGCAAUGUCGCUGUGUGGAAAGCUUGGUGUGACUUGGACGGCCUUGAACAGUCCCCUUAUCCAAUGCAGUACAAGGACUCCCUGACACCUUUCCAGAAACUUCUAUUGUUGCGCUGCUUCCGCUUAGACCGGGUCUACCGCGCAGUCAGUGAUUACGUCACAGUCACCAUGGGAGAGAAGUAUGUGCAGCCACCAGUGAUCAGUUUUGAGGCGAUAUACGAGCAAAGCUCUCCGAACUCACCCAUCGUGUUCAUUCUUAGCCCGGGAUCAGAGCCCGCCAGUGAUCUCAUGAAACUGGCAGAGCGGUGUGGAUUCGGGGGCAGCAAGCUGAAGUUCCUCGCCAUGGGACAGGGGCAAGAGAAGGUGGCGUUGCAGCUGCUGGAGACGGCUGCCUCUCGUGGCCAGUGGCUCAUGCUGCAGAAUUGCCACCUGCUGGUCAAAUGGCUGAAGGAUCUAGAGAAGGCUCUGGAGAGGAUCACCAAACCCCAUCCUGACUUCCGCCUCUGGCUCACCACGGACCCCAUCAAAGACUUCCCCAUCGGGAUACUGCAGAAGUCCCUCAAGGUUGUGACUGAGCCACCGAAUGGUCUGAAACUGAAUAUGAGGGCCACCUACUUUAAGAUUGCACAUGACACACUACAGAGCUGUCAACAUCCGGCGUUCCGGAGCUUGGUGUACGUGCUCGCAUUCUUCCAUGCAGUGGUGCAGGAGCGCCGGAAGUAUGGAAAGAUCGGCUGGAAUGUUCCCUACGACUUUAACGAGUCCGACUUCUUGGUCUGCAUGGAAAUCCUCAAUACGUACUUGACAAAAGCCCAUACUCAAGGAGACGCCAAGAUCCCAUGGGGUAGCCUGAAAUAUCUCAUUGGAGAGGUGAUGUAUGGAGGUCGAGCCAUUGACAGUUUCGACCGCAGAAUUCUUACCGUGUACAUGGACGAAUACCUGGGAGACUUCAUAUUCGACACGUUUCAGCCUUUCCACUUUUUCCACAACACAGCUGUGGACUAUAAGAUACCCGAAGAUGGUCCCAAGGAUAACUAUGUCGGAGAGAUUGAGAGCCUACCACUGGCAAACACCCCAGAAGUGUUUGGACUUCAUCCCAAUGCUGAGAUUGGCUACUACUCUCAAGCUGCACGAGACAUGUGGACUCACCUGAUUGACCUCCAGCCCCAGACUGGUGACUCUGGUGGAGGCAUAAGCCGUGAUGAGUACAUCAGCCAGGUGGCGCGGGACAUCCAGAACAAGCUGCCCUUGGUGUUCGACAUGGACGUCAUCCGCAAGCGCUUCGGCCUGGAGGUGUCUCCCACCACCGUGGUGCUGCUGCAAGAGCUGGAGCGCUUCAACAAGCUCAUCGCUCGCAUGGGCCGCUCGCUGGCUGAGCUGCAGAGGGCCCUGGCUGGUGAGGUGGGCAUGAGUGGAGAGCUGGAUGAGGUUGCCCGUGCUCUGUUUAACGGGCAGAUCCCCUCCAUCUGGAGGAAGCUGGCACCCGACACCCUCAAGUCUCUGGGGAACUGGAUGCUUCACUUCAAAAGACGAUACGACCAGUACACCUCCUGGGUGGAUGAAGGGGAGCCCAACGUCAUGUGGCUGUCCGGCCUGCACAUUCCGGAGUCCUACCUGACGGCUCUGGUGCAGGCCACAUGCAGGAAGAACGGAUGGCCCUUGGACCGCUCCACUCUCUACACACAAGUCACUCAACACUGCAGCCCUGACGAGGUCCAUGAGCGGCCUGGGCAGGGUUGUUUUGUGUCUGGCCUGUACCUGGAGGGGGCCGACUGGGACACGGAGAACGGUUGCCUGAUAAGGAGCAAACCCAAAGUCCUUGUGGUGCAGCUACCCAUCCUCAAAGUCAUUCCAAUCGAGUCUCACCGCCUCAAACUGCAGAAUACACUGCGUACUCCAGUCUACACAACUUCAAUGCGGAGGAACGCCAUGGGUGUUGGCCUGGUCUUCGAGGCGGACCUGUUCACCGCCAAACACAUCUCUCACUGGGUGCUGCAGGGUGUCUGUUUAUACCUCAACUCCGAUUGAGCUCAUCUUUGAAGAUGAGUUCAACUAUACAUUUAUACAAUUAUACAUUUCAAUUAUAGGAUUACAAUGUAAUGAUUAUCAUUACAUAUUAAACCAUUUUUUAAUUAA